CGCAACUGCCGUAAAACGACUUCUUCUGUUGCAAUGGCGUUUGCGGCAGCAGGGAAAUCGAGGGGAGAGCAGUGACAAACGUCGCCAACGGUCACAUUAUCUCCUCAGAAUAGCUCGGAUUUUUAAAAUAUUCGGCUCGCUGUUCCAGAUAUUGGUUGUGUAAUUAUUCGCUUUGUGAAUGAGAUUGUGUUGGACGUUUCCGAAGCGCGUCUCUCCACUUUAAUGCGGUGGGAUGGCCACAGUGCCGCCUGGGCCUAGUAACGCACUGCCUUCAUCCCCGGUUGAAGUUGCUCCGUUCUCCGGGGCAGGGAGAGCGGAGCCGGCGGUGGAAGUCGGAGAGGCGACCUACCGCGUGGAGGACAGCGUGUCCGCCGGUACGGGCAAGAAGUCGCAGCCGGCGAACGAGGUCAAAGGGUCGGCCAAGAAAAAGCAUAAAAACAUGCUAGCCCGGGCUAGCCCGGCGGCGCUCCACUUGAAAAUACAAGCCGGAGAGCAGCAGCAGCAGCUAAACGGCUUGGUCAGCUCCGCGGAGGACUCUGACGACCACCAGCGCGCAGGGGGCCGACCCGACAAUCUCAAACCGUCCGAGGACAACUGUGACAGCAGCUGUGGCAGCGAGGCUGCGGCCGCCAUGAACAGUACGGAGCACUGUCAGCACGAAGGCCACAACCCCUUCUCCAAAAACGGCAACCACUCUCCUGUGACUAACAGCAGCGUGAACGGGAUGCCGGCUUUCACGAGAACCGAGGCGGCCCACGAAGGCGAGGACCAGUUUGACCACACGCAGCCCAGAAGAGAACCGGGUGACAGCGACGGGCCCGGUGGAGAGGAGAGUCCGGCCGAGCCGCAGCUGCAGCCGCCGGCCGUGGAGCUGGCCCGGCUGGACCUGAGCGGCUCUCCCGGUAGAGCAGAGGGAGACAGCCACGGCAUCCGCUAUGUCCGCUACGAGUCCGAGCUCCAGAUGCCGUGGAUCAUGAGACUAAUCACCAAGGACUUGUCUGAGCCUUAUUCAAUUUACACGUACAGGUACUUCAUCCAUAACUGGCCGCAGCUUUGCUUUCUGGCCAUGGUGGAGCAGGAGUGCGUCGGGGCCAUCGUUUGUAAGCUGGACAUGCAUAAGAAGAUGUUUCGUCGCGGCUACAUCGCCAUGCUGGCCGUGGACUCAAAACACAGACGGAAAAGUAUUGGUACCAAUUUGGUGAAAAAGGCCAUCUAUGCCAUGGUGGAGGGGGACUGUGACGAGGUCGUCCUGGAGACGGAGAUCACCAAUAAGUCGGCCCUGAAGCUGUACGAGAACUUGGGUUUUGUCAGAGACAAGCGGCUGUUCAGAUACUACCUGAACGGGGUGGACGCUCUGCGGCUCAAACUGUGGCUCCGCUAGAGGGGGCGUGGGGCGGCAGGUCUCCAGGUGCUGCUCACCUCUAACACUUAAGAGCUCAACAGCCUGAGCUCUGCCCUUGGUCAUUACACACACACACACACACACACACACACAAACACCCCCCGUGUUGAAAAGCGAGGAGUUAGCAUCGACACAGACGCAGCUUCCUUUCCUCCUCGACGUCCGAACAACUAUCGCUUAGGCGGAGAGAGACUGAAACGCCAACAGACGUGUUUUAUUUUUUACAAAGAGGGGCAGCCUCUUCUCCUUUCCCUCCCCCCCACACUUUUCCCCCGCACUGUGACAUGACAGGAUCCACGAGGACAAGCGGCACCACACCAAAUCAUCCUGCAGAACACUGGACCAAACAGACCUGCAGGAAAUGACACGCAGGGAAGCAGGAAGCGGCGACCGGGAGGAAAAUAUUUGUGAAGUUUCUUUUUUUUGCUUUUUUUUUUUUUUAAGCUUUUGUUUGUUUGGGGAGGGUAAAAGAUCUAGUCUGACUCAUGUGUUUGUACUGCCACAUGGUCUUCUUUUUUGGGUGUGUGUGUGUGAUUUUUGGUUGUAUGUGCUGCUGUUGGUUUCACUGAGAUUUAAGCGAACAUGUUCUGGGUGACUGCUUGGAUGCGUACUGUAUGGUUCAGUUUGUUUCCCAAACUGUAUGGUUAAGUUUGUUUCUCGUUCUGUCCACUGGGCGUGGCGCCCCCCUUCUGCUGUCUCUCCCAUCACCUGGACCAGAGCCUGUAAACACUUGUGUGUGUUUUAAUGUGAGAGAAAAACAAAGCUCCUUGUAUUUUAUUUUAUGUUUUUGGUCCGGAGCAGUUGUUCAAUUCAAAUCAAUCCACAAUCACCUCAAACUUUUUGCCCAACUGCUUUUCUUUGUUUUUUUUGUUUUUUUUUUGUUUUUUUAACACUUUUGAUGUCUUUCACGAUAUCUAACCCUUUCAGGGUUAUCCUAGGGAGUGUAAUUUCUGGGGUUUUUUUCUUUCUCUCUCUCUCUUCAGUACACUGCCAGCCUCUGCAAAAUGCCCCCAAAAGAGACUCUUUGCCAAGGAUGGUGUGGUCAUACAUGUCCAAGCUGUCUCUGUUUGCUAAUUGACAUGAGCAGUCCCAUUCUAAAGUGCCACUCUAUCCAUUAGGACCGACUGGAGUUAGGUCUGCACUUCUGUUCCCUAUGCUGGAUUCCUGUUUGAGUAUGCUGUGUGUAUUUAAACUGUUGAUAAAAAGAAAAAAAGAAGAAAAAUAGACAAGUAUUCUUAGCAGAUAACAUUUUAUGCCUUUUGUUUAAGCUCAGUUUAUUUAGGAUUUGUCCACUGUAUGCGUCAAAAACGCAGCUGGGUCCACAAUACUCAAUUCACCACUGGCCUCCAGAACCUUCAAAGAGCUCACACUGACUGGCAAAGAAAUACUGCUUCAGCUGGUUUGGGGUCAUUAUUUCCUUUACAACAAACAAAAAGUAUAAUGAACAAGGUCAGAUGCACUUCUUUUAAAAUUGCUGCAGUGUGUACAAGUAAAGAAGAGUGUGUGUACUGCGACUUUAACAGCAGCGUGGGUCGGUUCUGUUCAGAUUUUCUGCAUGGGUACGUCGGCUUUCAGUGCGUGCUUCGCCUCAACUUCCGCGGUUUAGUCGACAGUAUUCAAAGCACCGCAGGAUGCUGGCAUACGGCACUAGUGGAAAUGUUUUACCUGUUAUUAAUUAAUAGGCAUGGGCUGGUUUCACGUUUUUCAAGCUACGGUAUUAAACCACCUAAAUGUUUCUUACUUUCUAAAUUUCCCUAAUUAAGACACCAUGGUAAGAAUCAGUCAGCGCUGUCCCAUCUCUUGCUCUUUCUGCUGUUGAAAGCCGACAACAUUUUACAAGAAAGAAAAAUUUGUCUCCUUGGGAAUAUUUCCUAACAGAAAAAGUAUUGUUUGGGAAGUUAGAAAUGCGCCACCCUUGUCCAAUUAAGUUAAUGGUGUUUUAAAACCACAGCUUGCUAGCUCCUAGCUAUCCAGUAGCUAUUCAUAUAAUACCUAGCAGAAUUAGCUGUUUAUUAGCAUUGUCAGGCAGUUUUAUUACAUUAAAUUAAUGGUAGAGUUAUAAAACAGUGUGUUUUUUUUUUGUUUUGUUUCGUUUUUUGUUUUUUUUUACUCGACAGUUUUUUUUGUUUUCAAAACCGUGCACACCCCGCGACGAACUCAGUUUACAUUUUAGCUACGCGCUUUUAAACUAUAGUAAAUACUUAAAUUAUUGUGUUGGCUCUCUUGAGUUAAACAUUUUUUCUUUUGUUUAAAGAAACAACAGUUCUUUAAACAAAUAGAGUUGCUAGCUGUCGAUAGUAGCCCAGUAAUUUGCAAACCUCGCUGGUUUUCGGACCCGUCAGCUCGGAAGCUCCAACUUCCGACGAUAUUUGAAGGCACCACCUAAUGCCUUCUUGUUGCACUUGUGGGACUUUCCAUACAACAGAACAGCCAAAAAUAAAUAUACCCAGUGCACCAGGAGCACUUGGAAACUACAACUAAAUGUAGUAGAUGUUUAUUUUAAAAUGCUCGGCAAUACUAUUUAUUCAAAGGUAAGAUGAUAAAAACGUCAUUAUGAGUAAUAAUUUUGUAACUUUUAGCAGGUGUAGGGACAAAGGAAAUCAGAACAUGUAAAGUUUUGUUUUAAAUUAGCUUAAUAAUAUAGUGAAGUGUUUAUUAAACGUACGGUGGGACUCUCAGGCCAGCCCAUGCCUAUUAACAGAACAUGUAUGCGAUCAUUUGAAGCUGUCAUGACAGUCUGUGGCUGAACGCCUCUUUCAGAUUUACACUACAUGCAUUUGUUGGCGUUUCAGGUUUAUUGUAGAUGAGCCUAAGGAUAGAGCUGCCACCCUGUCUGUGUGAGUUUGUGUCUGUGUGUAUUUGAAGCCACUGAUCGGAUUACCUAUUUUCCUUUAUUCAGAUUUGUAUAAUGGUGGGGUUUUUUAUCAUGUGUGGUGUUGGGACUGAGUUUUUUGACUAGAUUUAUUUUUUUUUUUCAUUUCUGUGCUACUUUAAUCCAUUCAGAGGUUCAGUGAGAAUGAUGAGCAAAAAAAUAAUAAUAAUAACCUCGACCCCCAGAAGCAAAGUGUUCCUGCUUGUCUGACAUCCUUUUGUUUUAUUGGUGACCCUCUCUAGAGCUCCAGGUUCAUUCUGAAGGUUGACCUUUCCUCAGUCUUUCCCACUGGUUGGUAUUGCUUUUGACGAAAACGAUCCACAAUUCUCUCAAUUCUGCAAGUAUUGGUCACUUCCUGGAAUUUCAAGGGCAUUACAGCCUCCAUUCAGGCCAUGAUCACAGACUGAAGGGCUUUGUCAUCAUCAAUUCAUAGCCACUGACUGGUGUUGCAUUCGUUUCAUAAAGCGUCAGCCAGACGAAGUAAGGCGGCCGGCUGCCGCCCAACAGUUCUGACUAUAAAUUCCCAGCUAAAAAAAAUAAAUAACCCACGCCCCUCAAAUUAUUAUUGGCACAGCCACGCAGAGGUUCCUGCAAGCCUUUCAGGGACAGACGCACCACCUCCAACGAGAGACCCACGCGGCAGGAAGAAAGGGGGAGAGGAAAUCGUUUAUUUUUGCAUGUCUGUCUCCCCUCCCACACACACACACACACACACACACGCUGCUCCUCUCCCCCUCUCUCCUUCAUUUUCGAUCUGGAAAUGUCCAAUGGCUUUUAUUUAAUGUGGAAAAAGAACACAGAAAUAAAUUAUUUGAUUUCUUUUUUUUAAUGCUGUAAAACUGAAUUGUCUUGUCUGCUGUCUGACAUGACACACACACACACACACUUAUCCCCACAUUUCGGUGUUUAAAUGAGCGUCAUAAUUUGGGUGUUUUCUAAAUUGCAUUUGAGCAACAUCCGUGAUUUUAUUUUUAAAUACAAGAACUAGUUGCGCAAGUUUUGAUUUAUGGCAGAGUUGUGCAUGCAAGUGCAAGUCUAUCCAUACUGCCCUGUUUAUAUUCAGCUGAGUAUACUUGAUUAAGUUCCCACCAACAAUCGUUUUGCUUAUUUCUGGUUAUUUCAUAUCUCAUGAGGAAUAGCAUAGCUUUUCUAUCAUAUUCCUUAAAUAUUUAGUAGCGUUGAGUUGAGAACUGCAGGGAAAUCACUCAAUAAGCUGUACAGAAGUUGAACGUUCGGAAGGAAUCGAGUUGCUUUAUUUCUUUCUAAAACCUUAAGAACACACAGCCAUGCAUGGAGGAGGUAGCGUCAUGCCGAGGGUGUGUGCUCCUGCUACUAAUACUGGAACUUGUACAUAAUUGGCUCUUUAAAUAAAAGGAAGAAAAAGACUUCAAACACAAGCACAACUCAUUUGAUAAAGUACAUUUUAUUCAGACGGCACAAUAAAAUCCUAUUUGCUUUGAACAUUACAUCGAAAACAUUUGGAAAAAAGGCAGCAACAAAUUAAAGAAUCAAAUAUUUUUAUUAAAAACAGGUUUGUUGUGGUCAAUAAACAAAAUGACAUCUACAAGAAAUGUUUACUUGAUCACAACUCUUCGUAUUUACAGACCGUAAACAUUUCACAUCACACUCACAUUGAAACAGAAAUAUAUAAACAAGCAGGAAGCAGGUCACACAGAUGAAAGGUUCCACGUGUUUUAAUUAGACCUUAUUGGUUAUUGCUUAUAAUCAUCCCAUAUCUUUAAUCCCAGUUCACAAUUCUGCUUUUUAAAAGCAGGUUAAGCAAAUAAAUUAAUCUCCAGAGAUUUGGAAAGAUCUAAUCUUUUCUUUUUUUACUCUCCCUCGGUGCGUCAUGAAGGUCACAGAUGAGAAAAUAGUCCAGCGGAGAUGAGUUUACAUACGAGUUAUUUUUGUACAUCAGAGUGUAUUUUAUGCUACAUGUUGUAAAUAGGAUGACGAUGUUCGGUAUGUGCUUUGUUCCAGCAACGUCUGUCAAAAGAAUUUGAUAUAAAUUUCCUUUAAAAUAUAAUUUCAACUAGACAUCUCUUCUUUGAAAUAGAUCGCAUAACUACGACACACAACAGAUGUCAACACUGGAAAUGACACAGAAAUUAAAUUCCAACUAUUGACACUUUAACUAAAUCUCCUUAUGAAUAGAAAGCAGCAGAGAACCCGAAAGGCUUUUUUUCUUUUUGGUCCAACAGUUUGCUUCUAUAAGCAAUAACAAUGUAACAAUAAGCUCAUCUCAUCUCCUCAUGAUAACAUAAGGAUAACAGAUGAGCUUAUUUACCUCUUGAAAGAGUUGAAAGAUUAAAAACAACAACAAUGUCAAAACUGGUUCAAUUUAAAGCUUUUUACAGCAACUUUGCGUCAGGCAGUCGCCACUGACCAAAAGUUUGAUCCUGAUAAAGAAGCAAAUAUUGAUUUUUACAGAGCAGUACGGUUUCUUGCAAAAGUAUUCACACCCCUUGAGGUUUUCCACAGUUCAAAUGUCACUGUGUGUCACUGGGGUGAUAGAGCAACAUGCAGCAGUCAAUGAUCAUUAUAGUGUUUAUAGUGGGCUGAACACAUAUAUGCACAUUUUUCUUUCUUUUUUUUAUAAGUUAAUUAAAAUAAUAAAAAAAAGAGUAAAUAAUUCAAAUCUGCAUUGAGGUUUGUGGCUGAAACAUGACAAAGUGUGAAAAAGUACAUGAAUGAAUACUUUUGCAAGGCACUGCGAGUGUAAACGUUAGUGUGAAUAUGAUCUUGACACCAAAUUGAUCUCAAUAAGGGUUUCACAUUUUGGGAAGUAGCUUUCUAGUGUUUUGUUUUUUUUUUUUUUUUUCUUACGACGGCCCAAUUGAAUGACACAUCAUUCUAAAAGUGUCUAGGUGAGAUAUUUACAGUCAGCUACACGUUCUUAUUUCUUUUAUUGACACAAAUAUAAAAACCAAGCUCGCAAUAAAAGAUGAAAACUGAUUAAAGUAGCUCCUCUCAUAAAUCCUAAAACGACAGGAUUAUAGCAGCAGUAAAAGUAUCACAUUUUUUAUUAUUUUUUAUUUUUUUAAUGUUUUUAGUUAUUCCACGACUGCUUCGGUUCUCAGCUGCUAAACAUCCGAGGCUUUUGGAGGCCUCCUGAUGUUUCCAGCCUCCAAAGCCCCACAGGUCACUGCCGAGGCCUUCCUCUGUGAAUCUGAGCGGCUCAUGUGAACUCUGUUUUGGCGUCGGCAUCUCAAGGCUCCCACUCCAGCGCGCCUUUCAUAUCGGGGCUUAUCUCUGUAAACUGGACGGCCUCGGUUCCUCUCAGCCAGGAAAACAAAAGCCUCACCGCGAGUUCUUAAAAAGCUUUAUCGGAACAAACAGUAGAGUGUUUGCUCAUCGCUGCUGACCAGAGGUUUUGGACACAAGACUGUUGCGUAAAACCCUGUCAAAGAAAACACUAUCGAGAGUAAAAGAUUCUGGAGGUAAACAUCACACUGUGUGCAGAAAUGCUUAGAUCGGGGUUUUCUCCAGGAAAAUAAGUAGGAACAUGCAGAAGUUAUAAAAAACAAGAUAAGUUGAACAUUGAGGAAAAGUUGUAAAUAAUUCUGAACUACAUAUGCAGAAAAGGAUGUUUUAAAUGUCUCCCUUUUUGCCGUUUGUCAUUUAUCUAUAGCUGACAGAAAUAUAUUCUAUGAAUAGUUCUUACUGCUAAUUGAUUAUGAGUCUGAAUAAUUUUGGGCUGGACUGUGAAAGACUGUUGGGUUUAUUUUCCAAGCCUACAAUCAUGGUAGAAAGAAAGUCAGCUCUCUUUCACAACCAGGACUUUAUCUACAAAAGCACAUUAGAAACGAUCCGGUCUUUAUUAGACUCAAAAUGAUCUACAGUGUUUUCAAUCACCACUGAAAUUUACUUCUUUUUUUUUAGGCAAAAUAGAUGUGUUUUGUAAUAAGU